ACCGUCAACAAGCGCCAAAGUUGAACCUCGUCACAGAGGAAAAUGACCGCCGAAGAGCCCCAAUGGCGAAAAGUCCCUUCGGUUACGGGCGUAAUACCGCGUUCCAGGCACGGACACCGGGCGGUGGCCAUCCGGGAGCUGAUUGUCGUGUUUGGCGGCGGAAACGAGGGGAUAGCAGAGGACCUCCAUGUUUACAACACUGUUUCGAAGCAGUGGUUUCUGCCGGCGGUGAGAGGAGACAUCCCACCCGGUUGCGCCGCCCACGGCUUAGUCUGCGAGGGCACUCGCAUCCUGGUCUUCGGCGGCAUGGUGGAGUAUGGCAAAUACUCCAACAACCUCUAUGAACUUCAGGCUAGUCGCUGGCUUUGGAAGAAGCUGAAGCCCCGAGCGCCCAAGAACGGUUUGCCCCCGUGCCCUCGUAUCGGGCACAGUUUCACCCUGGUGGGUAGCAGGUGCUACGUGUUCGGAGGGCUGGCCAACGUCAGCGAGGACCCCAACGGCAAUGUCCCACGGUAUAUGGACGACAUGUACGAGUUGGAGCUGCAGUCCGUAUCGGGGGCCAGAGGCUGGAGCAUCCCGGAGACAAAAGGCGGCGGUCCUUCGGCACGGGAGUCGCACAGCGCCGUCGCCUACACCGGUCUGGGCUCGCCGAAGCUCUUUAUCUUUGGAGGGAUGCAAGGCAGCCGAUUAGAUGACCUCUGGCAGCUUGACCUCAGCACAAUGGUGUGGUCAACGCCCGAGACGAGGGGUUCCGUGCCACUACCCAGGAGCCUUCACUCUGCCAAUGUGAUCGGACACAAGAUGUUCGUCUUCGGCGGCUGGAUUCCCGUUCCGGAGUCAGAGAAGCGAAACGGCGCGGGGAUUAAAUGGAUUUGCACUAACUCCUUAUGUGCGCUUGACUUGGACACUAUGAGCUGGCAGAACCUGGGCCCAGAGUACGACGACGUCGGCUCCCGGCCGCAGAGCCGUGACGACCACGACGCCGGCGGGCCCAAAGCCCGGGCCGGCCACUGCGCCGCCGCCGUCGGAUCCAGGCUCUACGUUUGGAGCGGCCGAGACGGUUACCAUAAGAACCUCUACCAAGUGUGCCGCAAGGACCUUUGGUACCUGGAGACAGAUCGACCGGGCCCCGCAGACGCGGUGACGCUCGUCAAAUACACCGUGGGCACGCUCCACGUGGCCUGGCGCCCCCUGUCGGGAGCUGACCGUUACAUCCUCCAGAUUCAGCCCGUCUGUCCUCAAGCCAAACAGGAUUUGAAGUCAACAGACACAGAGACAAAAGAUUCCCACCCCUUCGACCUCGCGAGCGAACGCAACAACGGAGAACAAGAGAACGCGUCGGCCCAGGACGGUUCAAAGCGGCGCAACGAUCUGACGAACUCAUCCGAUAGCUCGCAAGAAGGGGGACGGGGUUCGUCAAGCUCAGCUCGCCGUCAGCGGGGUAAAUCUGACGCUCACGCUCCUAAAAACGAGUCAACCGAAACUGUGACUCAUUCACAGCGUCUCUUUGCUUUCAUUUGCGCCCCGCCCCGACAUCUAGCCGAGAACACCGCAGAUCAGGAUCCGGAGGGAGCCGCGUGGUUUGACGUCGGUGUGUUCAGAAGCCUCUUUUCUGAGGUCCAGCACUACUAUCUGCCUUCCGUCACCAAAGAGCGUCAGAGGAAGGUGCCGGGUCCUGACGACUACCGGGACAGAGAGAAGAAGGAGCUGGAUCCGGGCCGGAGUUACCGCUUCAGAGUGGCGGGCGUCAAUUGCUUCGGCCAAGGAGACUUCGGCCAGGUCGGCGAGUUCAAGACGUGCCAACCCGGCUUCCCCGGAGCGCCCUCGGCCGUCAAGAUCACCAAGGCUCACGAUUUAGUCCACAUCACAUGGGAAGCUCCUACAUCUCCAUCUGGCCGGAUCUCGGAAUAUUCCAUGUACAUGGCGGUGAAGAAGAGCCGCUCGUCCGGCUCGGAAGGCCCCGGCCAACUGGCGUUCAUCCGAAUCUACCGCGGCGUCAAGAUGUUCUGCACGGUCGGCUCUAACCACCUGGUCAACGCGCACCUGGACCGCUCCGCCUCCAACCGGCCGGCGCUCGUGUUCCGCAUCGCCGCCAAGAACGAGCAGGGCUACGGCCCGGCGACGCAGAUCCGCUGGAUUCAAGACGCUUUCAAAGCGCGAGGCGAAUCCAAGGCGGACGGCGAUGAGUUGGACGAUGGCGACAGCUCCAGCUGAAAGCGAGAGACGAAUAAGGCUGCGCUCUGGCAAUCAAGCAAUACACACCAGUGAAUUACGCGUACAAUAUGAAAUAUUUUCGUUUUGAUAAUUUAUCUAUUUAAAAAUGCUGUUGAUAUUUUGAAAAAGAGACCACUGUUGUUUUAUAGCUUCAUUCAAACAAAUAUUUUGAAACAUACACUACUUUUGUUUCAAACAAAAACCAGACACAUUAUUGUAUGCCGGCUGCAUUUUUUUUAGGUACCAUGUUUUUUCGGCCUAAAGGCAGAGACCAUUUCAAGUUCGAUGGAAUCGAAUGUAAGCUGUAACAUUUUUGUGUGCGCAUAGAUGAAUUUGUAUAGUUUUUCAAUCCAUAUAAUGUCUUGUAAUAAUGUGAAUUUGUUUGACGUGAUGUUUGGAGACUUGCACUGUAAGUUGCUGUUGCCGCUUAUUAUGAUUUCCAUUAAACCUUUAUUCUA